GUACUUUUCAAACUGUACGUUGCGUUUGUAAGUUUUGUUUUUAAUGGUCAUCAAGCGUUCAUUAUAAUUAUUCUCAAUCAACUUCCUAAUCUUUGACAUGUGAGAAUCCCAAAAUAUCUUAUACUUUGUCGAAUGUCCCUGUUUUAUCGUAAGGUUUCUUUCUAUUCACUAAUGUGAUUUUAAUAUUUAGACAGCAUGCACACUUGUAGUAUUUUUUUCCCCUACUUAUGGUGUCUUUUGCGUCUCUAAAGCUCAUCACUUGACUUGAGGUUAUGAUGUGUCUGUUGUAUGAAGUGCUAAGUGUUUCGGAUGAUUCAUUGCUUCGUGCGAUGAGUUCCUCAACUUUGAGUAAAUUUUCAGGACAUAUCAUGGGAACUUCAAAUGUUUGUUCAGAAAGUUCCUUAUACAAUGGCGGAACUACGUACAAUUAGUUCUAGGAUCGGCUUUUUUUGUCGUGACUCUAACAAAAAAUGGGAUGGUAAUUGACAUUUUUUAUUAUGCAAUGGGGGAUGAGGGGAGUCUGCUCAUUCAGUGUUAACACUGGAUGGGUUACAUAGUUCAACGCAAAAUGAAGAAUGUGAAAAUUUAAUUUAUGGACAGCUUUUGAGAAAUGUCAAGGUGAACUUAAAAUACUUCACCUACUAGCUAGUGUCUAAAGAGCGUUAUAAUUUAGUGCGUGGAAUUAUAAUUGUGACUUAAAAUUGUAAGUUAGGGUUAAAUAUUAGAGUUAGGGUUUUUCUUAUGAGGGCCACACCCCAAGCCUUUGAUCUAGAGGUCUAGCCCAAAAGGCAGUUGGGCAGCGUCAGGAGAUGCAGUCCCAUGACACAUGGUGACCAUCAAUAGGCGCAUACGGCAUUCGUUCCCUCAGGACCCUGGAGCCAGCCCAUGUGCACCAUUGGUUUGGAAUCAGGGUUUUCCGACUACCCUAGAUGUAUCCUUCAUAUUCGCCAACCCGGUUAAAGCACCGGAUAUUCGCUUUUCGUCCUCUCACUUUGGUAAACAACACUCGUGGUGCGAGAAGGAAGUGAGUAGGACUUUCUUGUCAGUGGCUGUAUUGAUGUUACCAUGUGAGAUCAUUUCAUAUUUUUCUUGCUGUCAAAAAUCUUUAGUAGCCCAUAGAUUUUAGUUCUACAGAUUUUCGAAGCUUAUAGAUUCGGUCAGCUAAAGUAAUUUGUCAACUUUGUGUUUUUCGACCACAGCCCGAUUAUUGCUAUAGUUUAGUUUUUAAUCUGUACUUAUCUAAUGAUUUGUACUUUUUCCCAACAGUUAUAACAUAUUUGAUAAAGAUAAACUUUUGUCACUUCAUAGUACAGUUGUUGAAGUAGUGUAGAACGGAAACAUGGUCCUUGUUUUUACUAGCUGCUUAAACACCAACAGCAUUGAAGUUUGUGGUUUGAUAUCUACCACCCGUUUUAUAAGGAAAACUUUCUGCGUCAAUAAUCAAAUCUUCACCAUACAGUACAAAGAAUCCAGUAAACGACUAAGAUAAGGUACGGAAAAACCAUAAAAAUGAUUAGAAAAAGAGAAAGCCAUAUGUUGAACACUUUCGGCUUUCUCGUCACUCAAUUUAAUUCUAAUGAGUCUUUUUAAUGUGGCUUUUCUUCGACCAGUGAGGUGAAAGCAGAUGUAUGCCCGUAUUAGGGCAUGGUCGGAGUCCAAGCAGGCAUUCCAGAACAAGUGACAGUCUUCUAUUGAGCCCUCCAACGAUGACUGAUGGCAAUAUGGUCUAUUUGAGCCCAUCGUUGGUUUGGUGCGGAGGGUCGCCAUGUUAUUAUCUAAAUACUUUUUCAAAUGAGUGUUAUAAUUUAGUUGUCAGGAUAUCUUUCGUGUUACCUAAAUGAAAGUUGUAUUGUAACUGUAUACUAUGUCCAAAUUCAAGUUGUAAUUUACAAGACAACUCGUAGACAUGUUAGACGAUUCAGUACUAUCUCACGGCUCUUGCAUUUAUUUAUUUUAACAUUCCAGACUUUUACUCAUUAGCUUAAACUAAUGCAAAUAGCUUCGUUAGGUGAUUUCAGUACAACGUGAUUUCUAGCAGGCUUAUUGUUUGAUCCCUGCCGGGAAAUCAGGUUGGUGUUUUUCAUUUUCAGUCAGCUACUUUAAGCUCCACUUUUCUCCAUUUCUCUUUUAUUGUGAAACUCAAAUUAGUUCACAUAUAUUAUCUCCGAAAUUUCCUAGAAAGUGUUUCGGGUAGUUAUACCAAUCGAGCGAGGUUUAGUUUUUGGACGAAUCGCAAUUGAAACUUGGUCUCUUUUUCAACAAGCAGAAUCAAUGACAUUUCCAAUUUGUACAGAAAGUAAUCACGCUCCAUUUAAAGAUCAGAUCGACGAUGAGACCGUAAUGUUUGAUCUGGAUAUGAGCGUGGAUACUUUGCCUGAUACACCCCUAAAGAAUGAUGAUGGUGACUCGGACACACAAAAGACUCGGACGAAUCAGUCCAGUAAUUCUCUUUCCGCCACUCCUUCAAGACGUGAAAGUAAAAUGAAGUCAGAUAUGUCUCGUUCUACUUCCAUCUCAGGACUUACUGAUAAUGUUAACUUGGAGGACAUUUAUGAGUACGACUGGGCUGAUAGUGACUCUGAAUCACCUGGUGGAAAACAUGAGAAGGAGUCAUACAUAGUUCAAGAAGUUCUUGCUGACUUUUUAAAGGUUAAAUCUUUUAAACGCAAGUACCCUGAUCUAGCUAGGCGCGCUAUGGAUGCUUAUGAACGAUCGUGGUUGCAACAAGAGGGGAUUGUUCCCGUUGGUCGUGCAGACCUUGGUCUCACAGCACUCAAAACUGAUGAUGUUAUGAAGCUUUUGCAACAGGAUUACCCAGAGAUACACAUUGCUCUCACGGAUUUGUUUCGUCGACGAAAAUUUAAAACGGCUGUCGAGAAUCAAAAGCGUCAGUAUGAAGCUGCUCGUAUUGAACGUGGAGAGGCUCGAGCUGAAGCAGCUCGCAGACGAGCGUUAGAUUCUGCUGCCGAUUACAAUCAUCGCUUGAUUACCGAACGUAUGAGUUCAAGACGUUGUUAUUGGGAUUUACAGACAAUGCAAAUUCACAUUCCCCAGAGAAUUUAUAAGUUAUUAGAAUACCCAACUUUUCCCAAUGGUGCAUAUCCUGUGGCAGUCAUACCUGGACAGUUUGCAGAAUAUUUUAUGAGCUAUACUCCUGAACAGUUAUCAUACCUUCCAUUAUCACGUGUUUUAUAUCCACAUCCACUACGAAAACAUAGAAAUCCACCUCCUCUCCCCACAACACUUCGAUUUGGUUCGAUUAAGCCGAAAGUCAAUCCACCUACUAUGACCUCUUGUGAUUUCGGUGAUCAAAAUUCAUUUGGUUUAGACCAUUCUAGAUCUAUUGACUCUUUAAACCAUCAAACCACAAGCUCAAUGGAAGGUCUUCGGACUAGAUAUGCAAACGGAUCACUAUUAUCAAGUGGUGUUGCUAAUUCAAACAUGUUAGUUGGUGAUAAAUCAUCGGUUUCUGAUGUAGAAACAGAUAAAAUCAGUAAUUCGAUCUAUCGACGAUAUAAAACAAAUACAGAAAUAAAUACAGAAAAUCCUAUUUGUGUUGUAUGUGGCCAAUUAGCUAUGAAUUAUAUACGUUGUUCUGAGUGUAAAUUAAUUGGUCAUCCAAAAUGUUUGGAUAUACCUGAUUCUAUGCUAUCAGGUGUGAAAAGCUAUGAUUGGACAUGUUUAGAGUGUAAACGGUGUGUGGAAUGUAAUGAUUCAGGUCAAGAAGAUCAAAUGAUGUUUUGUGAUCGUUGUGAUAGGGGUUAUCAUGCAUUUUGUGUUGGUUUAGGACGAAUUCCUAAUGGAAAUUGGGAAUGUUUAUUAUGUGAAUCAUUGCCAACUCCGCCUAGGAAAGGACGUCCUAGAAAAAAUAGACCUAAAGACUCGGAUGAUUUACCAUGGGGUUAUAGUGUGAAGAAACCACGUAAAUCAAUAUUGAAGCGGAAAAUUUGUCAAACACCAGGUGUCAAUGAUACCAAAGACACAUCUUUAGCAUAUAGUUCUUAUCCAUACGGUAGCGUCCAACCAAUAGUCCCUGGUACUGAAUUAGUACCUAAACGACGUCGAGGCCGUCCUCCGACAAAAAAUCGCGUUAUUGUAUCUCUUCCACCCCCGUCUUCUCCAUAUUUUUCGAAUCCAACCAACUUUAGUCCUACUCGUUCAGAUGUUUCUAUACCCCUACCAACCUCUCCGCCUACACCAUUAUCGAUCAAAGUGUCUAUGAUUGAAAGUGAACCUUCAGGACUAUGUCCAGUUAACGCCAUUUCAACUAAAAUAGAAUCCUUUGUUGCGGAAAAAGUUGAUAUUUCUGAAAAGUCUGAAAAUUUAAAACCGGAUAACAAUGAUAGUAUUAUUAAUAAUAGUAGUACGGUCGAUCAAACUGAAAAUGACAUUGUGAAACAUGUUGGUGAAAUGCAGAUUCCUUCUUCAACAAAUUCAUCUGAAUCAAAUAAUAUUGAAAACUGAUUAUUCAUUUAAACUGUUAACCAUCUUUUACCCUCCAGACUUGUAUAUUUAUCCAUUGUACUUAAAAUUCCCUAGUUUCAUUUUUAAUAACUAGUUUUAGUUAUCUUUCUUUCCAUGUAUUUGUAAUAAUGAAAUUUAUAUUCUAUAUUUCAAAUAUGGUUGAAUUUCUGAAAUAUAUUUAUUGUUAUAAGUC